GAAAACCCCCUCUCAUGAGAUGUAGCUGUAGAAGUAGAAACCGCAGCAGCAGCAGCAGCAUCCUAUCAUCUUCUACUACAACAACCACAGCGAAAUGGACGUCUUCACCAUCACCAUUCCCAGCAGCAGCAGCAGCAGCAGCACAUGGAUGGACAGCAGGAUAUGGAGCAGACUCCCACAGCGACUCCUCGAACGUGUAAUCGCCUUCCUCCCUCCUCCCGCCUUCUUCCGAUCCCGCUGCGUAUGCAAGCGCUGGUACGCCCUCCUAUUUUCCGACAGCUUUCUUGAAAUGCACCUCUCCCUCUCUCCUCGACUGCACUGGUUCAUUUUCUUCAUUAACAAAACUCCAUUACCGACCGCCGUCUAUAACAACAACAACAACCUCACAACCAGAGCCAACAACGAUUCAACCGUUGCCUGCCAAGGUUUCAUACUCGACCCACGUGAUAACACCUGGUACCGCCACGUGUUCAACCUCAUCCCGCCAGGAUUCUCUCCUGUCUCUUCAUCCGGAGGCCUGAUUGCUUGGGUCUCCGAUCACGCGGCUGAGAAAAAUCUAAUUCUCUACAACCCACUAUCUCGAGCCAUCGCCCAAUUACCCCAGACGCAGCGACCGAGGCUCUAUCCGACCGUUGGGCUUGCUGUCGGGCAUUCGUCGCUCAACGUAGUUGUGGCGGGAGACGACAUGAUAUCGCCCUUCGCUGUAAAGAACCUUACGACGGAGUGCUUCCACGCCGACGCUGGUGGGUUCUUUUCGAUGUGGGACAUCACCUGCCCGCUUCCGAGACUCUGCAGUCUGGAGUCGGGUCGGAUGGUGUUCGUCAGCGGCAAGCACUACUGCAUGAAUUACAGCCCGUUCAGUGUCUUGGCCUAUGACGGGUCAGCGAAUGAGUGGUGGAAGAUUCAGGCGCCGAUGCGGAGGUUCCUCCGCUCGCCGAGCCUGUUGGAGUGCCGUGGAAAGCUGGUGUUGGUGGCUGCUGUGGAGAAGAACAAGCUCAACGUGCCGAAGAGCGUGCGGAUGUGGGGGUUGCAGUCGUGCGGGCGGACGUGGGUCGAGGUGGAGCGGAUGCCGCAGGAGCUUUACGAGCAGUUCGCUGAAGCGGAGGGAGGCCGUGGGUUUGAGUGCGUCGGGAAUGGGGACUUCAUUGUUAUGACGAUCUGCGGUUCGGAUGCAGUGCUGCUGUUCGACUUCUAUCGGAAGGGAUGGAAUUGGGUCCCACCAUGCCCGUUUGCACCUGGCCCGGGUCUGCGUGGAUUUGCAUAUGAGCCCCGUUUGGCCACUCCUGCUUUGGGAUUGCUUCAUCCUUCAUCACUCUCUUUCUAAUAUUUCAAAGUCCGGUAGUUAGUAGUUAGUAGUUAGUAGUGAUCUUGUACGUGUGGCAAAUCAUGUAAUUGAUAUGGACCAAAGAUUCACUGGGCCCCACCGCAAAUGGGGUCGCAUUGAAAUCAGAUUGGUCUAGUAACCUAAUCACAACCUUCAUUGGUCUACAUUUAGUGAGCAGUACUGAUCAUAUGAAUGUGUGAUUUUGGAACGUGACGAUCCCUUAUAGGGCCAAUCAGAUGAACGGUCCAGAUCUCAUUCAUGUGUGCCACGUGUGCCAAGAUCGAUCAUUCUACUAUAAUAGUGAUAGCAAUAGUAGGGAUAGUGGUUGUUAUAUCAUGCAUGUUUGGUUUUCGCAAGAAUGCUGUUUUUGAACUACUCAGGAUGGAUUCGUGUUAUUAGAUAAACAUACAUGGCAUUUUCUGUUGUUUGUUU